CCAUCGCGUUCGCUGCUGCUGCUGUCUUUCCUGGCUGGCUAGUUUUGUAUUAUCUUUGUUUUGAGCUACACGCUUUCCCACAAAUUUCCUCAUUCUCAGUCAGCCCCAUAAAAAAAACCGGAACACAGGAUAGUUAGUGUCCUCUUUUUGAGAAGAUUCGAUUCUUUCCUUGGCGUUUCCUCAAAGCGUUUUAAUUUACUUAAUCUUCCUGCGUGAAAAUACAUAACCUAACAACAACAACAACAACAACAACAGUACAACAGUGCAGUGAGUGGUGCGAAAAACGUAGCGCGCGAAACUAAAAGAGUGCAAAGGAAACAAAAUAUACGAGAAGCGAAGCAGCAGAAGCGAGAAUAUAGAGCUUUGAGAAGCAAUAAAAGCAACGGAAAAGUUUCUAAAUUUUUAAUUAAUCAAGUUUUUCGCGGAUAAAAGUAUAAAGAGAUACCAGCAGGCAGCUACGAUGGAGGAAGCCAAGGCUAAGCUCACCGAAAUCAACCUGUCCGACGACCCGGCAGUCACGCUCACCAUCCGACUCAUCAUGCAGGGCAAGGAAGUCGGCAGUAUAAUUGGCAAAAAAGGAGAAAUCGUCAAACGAUUCCGAGAAGAGUCGGGUGCUAAAAUCAACAUAUCAGAUGGAUCCUGUCCGGAACGAAUCGUAACCGUAUCCGGGUCCCGAAGUGCUAUCUACAAAGCCUUUACAUUGAUCACAAAAAAGUUUGAAGAGUGGUGUUCACAGUUUCAAGACAAUACUAAUGCACAGGGUAAAACACAGAUUCCGAUCCGUUUAAUCGUACCAGCGAGUCAGUGUGGUUCUUUAAUCGGAAAGGGUGGCUCCAAGAUAAAGGAGAUCCGCGAAAUCACUGGGUGCUCCAUUCAGGUCGCUAGUGAAAUGUUGCCAAAUUCGACGGAACGAGCCGUCACGCUGAGUGGAUCGGCGGACUCGAUCACGCAGUGCAUCUACCACAUAUGUUGUGUUAUGCUAGAGUCGCCACCGAAAGGAGCCACCAUUCCAUACCGACCGAAACCACAGAUGAACGGACCGGUUAUAGUGGCAAACGGCCAGGCGUACACCAUCCAGGGCAACUAUGCCGUUCCAGCACAGGAGACCUGCACAGUAUUUCCACUAGCCAUAGCCGGUGGCUUGCAUGCGGCAGGCAUCUCUGGUUUAGCCGAUCCAUUACUAAAAGGAACACAUCUACAAGGAGCGAUACCUCCACAUCAUCUUCAACCGAUACCUGAUGUUGCCGGACUUGCCAAAAAUCCACUUGCCGGUCUGGCAGCGCUCGGAUUGGCUGGUGCAAUUCCAACAAACACCGGUGGGCUAAACCCAACAGUCUCUCCUCCAUCUGUUGCAUCACCCAUAGCUCUUGCCGCGUUGGCCGGCUCACAGCUGCGGACCAACAACAACCGCAACGUGGCUCAGGUUCAGUCCCAGUCCCACGAGAUGACAGUGCCAAACGAUCUGAUCGGGUGCAUCAUCGGCAAGGGUGGUACCAAGAUUGCCGAAAUCCGCCAGAUUUCCGGUGCGAUGAUUCGCAUCUCCAACUGCGAGGAACGAGACAGCGGCAACACCGACCGGACCAUCACCAUCACCGGGAAUCCAGACUCGGUUGCCCUGGCGCAGUAUCUGAUCAAUAUGAGAAUUUCGAUGGAAACAGCUGGACUACCGAUACCCGGCUAUCACUACAUCGCCCCGAACCACAUCGUGAAAGCGCCCAUCCACUAAGAGGAAUCCGGCGCCGCCAAAUCAUCAGCCACACGUCACGGAUGGUCAGACUAGUAAAUCUCCAGCAUAACAACACUACCGUGGAACCCAUUUUGGCGUGAUAGAAGAAGAUCUCAUAGAACGGCGAACAACAACAACAGCAUGGGUGGGUUGAAGAGGGAAGGUCUACCCACCCGAUUGGGGGUAGUUUUAUUGUUUCGCAAAGCAAAACAAUGUAACGCAAACGCGAUUGGUGCCAAAUGGUUGGGUGCGUUUUAAAUUGUGUACGAGAAAAAGGAUCAGCAAACGUGAAUGUAGUGUCCUAUUUAUUUUAACUGUAUUUAGAUCAGACAUGUUCUCUAUCGCUAGGUUUUAAUAUGUUUUGUACAAUGCUUUCGCAUAUUGUUGUGCUUUGUUCUAUUUAAUAAUACAAACGGCGCGAGUGAUGUUAACAAAGAAAACAGAACACUCAAAUGCGGUGGAAGUUUAUCAUUAAGUCCAGCAAAGAACAAUGCAAACGCAGUGGAGGGUAAAUGAGGCUCCACUCAUCCAGCAACCAAAAACUGAUACAGUAUUUGGCUGAUAACUGGACCGGGAAGGGGGUGUAUAUCCGCAAAUAAAAUAUUCACAUUUGCAACAUCAACAACAACAGCAGCAAAAUCACAAGUGCGUGGGAAUCAACCGCAAAUCCAUUGUAAAAAAAAGAACACUUUAACACAUUCUCACGCAAGAGGAGCCACACAAAGUGAACAGAGGAUAACAGAUAAAAUAACAGGCAAAAUAUCGGAGAUUAAUUCACGCAAAAUAGAGAGUCACUCGAAAAAAAAGUGAAAUACGAAAAAAAAACACACCGACAAAAGGACAGAAACAUAGAUGGGGAACGAGAAACUGUAUAAUCGUCAAAGAGCUUAACAUUCAAUUAUAAAUUGAAUACACUCAUAUUUUUCCGUAUCUGAUAGGCACAGUAACACAGCAUAGCAGCAGCAGCAGCAACACACCAGAUGGGCGCAUAUCGUAUGGGUGUCAGGAUUAAAGUAUGAUAGACGGGGUUUUCCUCUCGAAUUGGUUUCAUCUAUUUGGUUGCGACAAUUGUUGCGUUUCGAUCGCGAUUUAUUUAUAGUGUUCCAAAUUCCGAGCAGAUACGAGAAAAAAAAGCGUUAUGUUUAGUUUUUAACUUGCUUUCAGAAAGCAGCCAAGCAGUGAUUUUUACGUUUAGUGCGAUAAAAAAUCAGAAACAAAGCAGGAGAAAAAAAAAAAGAAAAAAUUAGCUUUAAAAGUUUGGUUUGGAAUCAACGUUAUUAGGAUGCUCUCAUUUCGUUUUGCUUUAAGAUUAGAGUUAGUUUCGGUAGUGGUAGUCGUUGUGGAUCGUUCGAAACAACAGAAUGCGCUAGAACAUUGCAAGUAGAUCAUAAAAGUAUACGAUUAAGGGAAGAAAAAACACAUAUUUAUCGUACAUAUCGUUUUAGGAGAAUCGGGGAGAGUAACGAUCGGGUGUGGAGCACACAGGAGAGUUAAUGAUUAUAUACAUAUCGUUGUUUUCGAGGCCGAAUUCAACAGCAGAUAGAAGGUAAUCGGUUUGGUGUGUUAGGCAUUGCGGAUUAGAGGAUUAGUAGGAGUGGAAAGUCCCUAAAAAGAAGAGCUUCAACGCACGCUCUAGUUAUGAUAGGCUCAGCCGGUUUCCGUCGGAUUGGUGGCGAUUGGUGGUCUCAUUUUUUUCGGAUGCUAAAUUUUUUCUUAUAUUUUUGGUGAAACUUCGUUUUUACAUAUUGCAAAAUGCCAUUAUUCUGUAAUUUAGUUUACACAAAGAUUUGGCUUCAUUUACUUCUCAAAUAUAUCGCUACAAUACGUAACAAUCAGUUUAUUCAUCCUUAAACAAUUUGCACAAUCCAUUGAAUUAUUUCGAAAAAAAAUAUGAAAAUACGUUUUAUUGAUAUUGAGUUCAUUUCUCCAUCAAUGGAGAAGAAUUCAGUCAAUGGAGUUUAAUAUGAAAUUACGUAACCUAAUCAGUUGCCGAGAUUAAAUAUUUCAGAAAUGGUUGAUUCAAUAUUUCGGGUUCAUGGUUCCAACAAUGAUUUUAAUAUAUAUUUCCAAUUAAUAUACUCACGGAACUAGUUUGAUAACAAAGAAUAGCAGAAAAUAUUUUUUUUUUAAAAAGCGACGUGGAAAGAUAAUUUUCAGAAACCUUAUAACAUUUGGAAAACCUGACAUCUCGCGUGGUUCGGCAUCGCUGGCUUUCGCACUUGAUCGGGGAAAAAGAAAAGUGAGAAGCCAGUUGUCAAUUCUCGUCUUAGGAACAGUGUCUUAGAAUAUCAACAAAUAUUCACGAGUAACGAAUAUGAUUUUAUUUCAGUGUAAAUGACUUUUUUUUUGCUUCAAACACACUGUCCUCAUUAUAUUGAUGACAAUAACAAACGAGUUCAUUUUGUUCGUAUCGCUGAUGCAUGAACAAAUUUGCUAUAAUGAAUGAAUGCGGCAUUGAGUAGGGUUCCUAACUUCGCUGUUAUUUAUACUUUGAAUAUCAAAAGCAACAAAUUGAUAUUCAGCACAUUCGAAAUGAUUUUCGUUCUGGCAUUGAUUUUGACUCAAAAUUCAAAAAAAAAAAAAACUCAGGCUGGACCAUUCAGAGAACUAAAACGCCAGAAUUAGAUGAAACGAACUUUGCAAGAAAUCGCGCAGGAUUUUGUUUGGCGAGACGGUAACAACGGCAUCGCGAACGAUCGCCGUAUUGCAAUUGAAUAACAAUUGCUUCUAGACUCGAUGGUCAAAUGGAUUACAUAUUAUAAUCUUCUUGUUGCCUGCGUUGAUUGGGAAGGACUCAAGCAGCAGUACAGUCCGACCUAAAUAAAAUCCAACCGCACACGGCUGCCUCAGGUUAAAAGUAAACAACAGCUGAUAUUCUUUUGGCUAAGAUGGAAUUCAAUACUGGCAUCUUGAAUAAUCAAGGUAAAAAUGACACUUGGUGGAAAAAUAAACCUCAAAACAUAUUGAAAAACAAAAGUUCAUUUGCUCAUAUUCACUGGUUGUGUUGAUCUGUUAUUUUGAUUUUCGUUUGGAAUAUAUAGAUUUUCGAUGCAACCUAGCCCAAAAAUCUAAGCAUUUGAGCUUAGCGAAGAUGAUUUUUUUCAACACUGCUUGGGAUUCGACUAGUUCAGAUGCUGUUAGUUGCGUUCUUGAUCCAAACCAAUAUGAUCCAUUACUCAGAUCAUAACAACAUGCAUGAUGUGUGCUUUUUAACUAGUAUUGAAUUUCUGGAAUUAAAAUACAGCUAUGUCCUACAAAGACUUUAUAGCUAUCGAUCGGUUCGCUAUUGCUAUUUGCGAUGAUGACAUUGAGCUUCGUUUUUCCGAAAGAGGUUCCCUUAGUCUGAACGGCUCCAAUUCCAGGACCCUCUAUUGAUUGAUUGGCCUUUUUCAAGGCUAGAGGGGAAUGAUUUUGUAUAAUAGAAAAAAAAGUAAUUCAAUUAAUCAUUCGCCGUUUCGGUGGGUAUAGUGACACGUUUAUGCACACUUUUUGACGUGGGACUACGUCUAACGUCUACGUCUACGUCUACGGAAUAUGUGGGGGGUAAAAUGAAAACCUAAACACAGAACAUGCAGGAAAAAAUGAAAGAUUCCGAAUGCUUAUAACUCGAACAUUUCUUAGUGGAACGGAAAGAUGUUUGCAUCAAUUGAUAGGGAAUAUUUCUACGCAUCUAUCGCAAUUAAUAAAAUGUUAUUUUUCAUUAGAUAAACAGUUGAAUAACUGUAAAAUGUGAAGCGCCCUAACUGCCUCGUUUUGAUUGGUCCGAUUUACGGUUUCCCCAACACAGCCAUCAUAACCAAGCAGCCUUGUGAAAAUCGGCAUUGCAAAUACAUGAAAGUAUGGGGACUUUUGUUCUCACCGAAAUGUGUUCCCUAACACAGACUUUAAAACCAAGAAGCGUGGGGAGGAAAUUGGCAUUGCAAAUACAUGCAAGUCGAGGGCAUUUUUGUUCCGAUGAAAAUGUGUUUGCCUAACACAGACUACAAAACCAAGGUGUCUGGGGAAUCGUUUUUGCAAAUAAAUGCGAACUGCAACGAGUACUAGAUUGCAUUUGUGCAGACUAGAAUAUGUUUCCUUAACACGGUCUUCUAAACUUAGGAACCUGGGAAAAUCGUGCAGGCAUUAGAGUUGAAUGAACUUUCAAGUUUGAAGCCUCUAUAGUAUAAAAAAAUAGAAGUUGAAGUUGUUGAUUCAUGCAAGCCGGGGGUACUUCUGCACCCGCAUGUUUUUUUUUGCACUACGAAAAGUGUUUUCCUAACACGGAUUACAAAAGGUACGAAAACAAAGCUUUAGCUCGGUUAUUCAAGAUUGUAUUGAAGGAUAUGCCUUCAUACCUUCUGCUCACUGAUUUUCUAUGCAUACCAAUUGAUGAUUGGGCAAAAUGCUGAUAACGAUUUGCUGCGAUAACGCCUAUUGAUUGAACAAAAUGCGUUCGACGUACAUGUCAAAAUCGAAACUGAAUGCCUGAAGUUAAUCAAAUCAAGCAAAUUCGCGGUUCGAGAAGUACGUACACUUGAGAGAUGCAAACUUCAGAGGGAAAUGUAAAAUAAAAUAAUCGUUUGUUAAUUCUUCCGUUCACAUAUUUUGUCCUAGGCAUCAUACCAAUCGUAAAAGAACUGUCAUUAAAUUUACUUGUAACGAAGAACAUAAUCUAUCGCAAUGCAUGAAUUGACCUUACAUGGCAUUUAUUCAAUCUCUCUACUCACAAAGCAAAUAUAUUGAAUUCAACUAAAUUCGGAAAUCGUUUCAUUCAAUCAAAAAUUUAAUCAAUACAAACAAAUAAUUGCUAAGCUAAGGUAGUCCCACGUCAACCUUGCGGUUGUUUUGUUUUUAUGCUCACAAGAUGUCGUAGACGAUUCGAACUUGAUAUUGUUUAUUCCAGCCACAAUCAGGUACUGCCGCUGGAGUUUUAUCGUGAUCAUAUUCAUAUUUUCCAGCAAUUGACAAAUACUAAAAAAGUUUUUCUAUUCCAAGUAUAUCUCCGAAUGACUUGAUCAUGCAUUUUUGGAACAUAUCGGGAGUGCUACAGAUACCUCAGGAUACUUGGAUUCAACGGUAUCGACCAAAUGGUAUAUUGAGAGUUGGAAGAUCAGAAAUUUGUGCUCCCGUGGUCGAGUGGUUAGCGUCACGUCUAACAUGUCGGGGGUUCGGGUUCGAUUCCCCUUCUGGUCGGGGAAUUUUUCGUCAAAGAAAUUUCUCCGGCUUGCACUGUGGUCACGCAUAUUCUAGAGCUUGCCACUCAGAAUGCAUGCAAGGCGUGUUAUUUGGCAUAGAAAUCUCAACUAGUAAACUAGUAUUAGUAAAAAUGACGCAAGUAAGUUUCUGACGGCGAAGUUUCUCUAGGAACAUUAGUCCCAUUUAAGAAGAAGAAGAUCAGAAAUUUCACUAUCCAGCCCUAUUUGCUACAGUCAAAUACGAAGAUCUAGCAUAGAAAAAACACGCUUACCAAGCAAACGUCUAAGGUUGUCGUUCACUUCUUCUUCUUCUUUCUUUGUUUUUAAGAGGCUUUAAACUUUGCAGUUCAUUCGCCUCUAUGUCGUUCACUUGAAGUAAGAGAAUGUACGAAGGUUUAGGGUUUGAACACAUAAGCAACUAUGCAUUGGGGUUUUCGACAUUCUGAAUAUUGUUAACCCACUCAGUCUGGUGGUUAACUGGGCUAAUAAUUUCAUGCUCAACCUUCGAACUAAUCUUUAACUUUUGACGAUCGUGUAAGUUGAGCGGAAUACGUUUCGUAUAAUGCAGACAGUGAGUGGCAUUUUUCUUCAACAUAAUGAAACAAGCGCCAGUAAAUUUCCCCAAAAAAUCAAACACAUCACUGAUUUGGCCAAUAAACAAAUCACUAUUUGGUGGAAAUUGUUCGACCAAUUGCACCAACAUUAACGACUAAAAAUAGCAAUGACUGUUCGUCCGUGUCAACACACGAGAGUUCAACUCAACCACGAAAAACGAUCUUAUUUGAAUCAUAAUAAAUUACAUUUAUGGAAAUAUCAUUAACAACGUCUCGAUUAGCUUAGCUGUCAUCCUUGGUGCAGAUAGUUUUGUUAAUGUCAUGCGAAACCAAAUCACACACACAAAAUUCCUGAACGUUUAUUUUCUUGGUGAGCCGAUGAUAGCCCAGUUUAAUGAUUCCCCACCCAAUUGUGUAGUUCAGAACCGUCAGUGGCGUCAGUUUGAUGUAAUGAUUGCAAUGCCAGAGACCAAUCUGUAAAGAAGACAUGUGAUGACGCAAAACAAGGAAGAACAAACGAUGUUCAUGAGAUUCAAUAUUUAUGCUCUAAGCAAAUAUUCCCCUUCGUCCUUCUUCUUCUCCUCUUCUUUGUUCAUGGACACUUUUAAUCAUUCCCUUUCGUUGGUCGCCGACAAGUUGCUCGUUAUUGACAGCAUGGGUAGGGAAUCUCACGAAUGGCAAAUGUAUGGGAAAAAGGAAAUGCUUCUAUUUUUCAUCAAUUUAAAUGCUUCUAUUUUUCAUCAAUUUAUACGAGGGGAUUGUAAUAUAUAACAUUAAAAACAAAUCUUAGGGAAUUUCCGAUUCGUUUUGUAUGUAAAUCGUCAAAAUCCGUUCGCAAUAAAAAUAAUUAUUAAGCUUCGUAGUCGCGAAUACCGAAAAUGAAUACUCAUAGUUGGUGAGAAAAAUUGCAAAUUGGUGGUAGGAGUAAUUAAACUUUUUAUUUACAAACUGUAAACAUACUCUAAGUAUGUAAACCUAUAAAUGGUGUAAAUAAUAUUCCCACGGAUGUGAAGUACACAUUCACAUACACUGAUUUAUUGUCUAGGAUCGCCGAUAUACAAACGAUAUCAAUACCAGUCGCCACCUAUCCAUCGCAAAGAGUUCACUGAAAAGAAAACCGACUCCGGGGCAAGAGUACAUAUUGAAUUAGGAGAAAUUAAAGAAAAGUGAAAUGAAAUUAACCACUUAAAAUGUAAAUCGAAAGUGCCAACUUUGUUAUUACAGAAAUUAGCAGGAUUCAAGCUUUGAUAACACCCGAUGAUACACGCGUAAUCAGUAGUAUAUGCUAGAAAGACUCGGAAGAACAGAUGCCGAUGCCGCUUAUUAAUUUUCAACAGUAUCGCGGUUGAAGAUUCACCAACAGCAGUAGUGAAAAAAGAUUGCAAAGAAAGUGAACUAAUCAAUGGCUUCUUCGCUAUUGAAUCACUCUUCCCAACAGAUGAGAUGAUGACUAUGAGUCGCUGGAAGGCAGGUUACAGGACUAAGCGAGAACACAAAUAGAUUAGCAGCUGCUUGUGAGCCAGCCAGGUGUUUGUUUCAGAAGGAAAAAAAAUUAGAGAGUACACAGUGAGAUGGGUAAAUAUCAUUCUUUCACGAGAGUUCACAGCUGGGCUAUUCAGAGUGGAUGCGGAAGCAGCAGAACACAGUUUCACCGGCCAUCGUGAGAGGGCAAGGACAACAGAGAGUUGAAAAAGCGUUAUAUAUUUUGUAUAAACUUAUUUAGGAAUCCAAAUGCAUUCGAGUGCGAAUGAAAAUUAAAUGAUAGAAAACAAAAAAAAAAUCUUUUGUGAAAGCUUAUUAGCGCAUCAAAGUAAGAAUAAACAUAAAAAAAUAAACAGGGUGAAAAAGUGACAGAAUAGCUCUAUCAUAACCACAAGACGAUUGAGAUUUGUUUCACUAUCGAAUAUACUCUUGUAGUAGUGUUGCCCGUGGAGAAAGUAUUAACUUAGUGAGAAGCUCAAGUAGAUCGAAUUUAUUUAACCCUAAAGACUAUCAAGUUUUACCCUUAAUAUUAUCCUAGACACGAUUGGAGAUUGAAAACAAGAAAAAAAAAACAAACAGAACAACUUUAACAACAAUCUUUGAGCACAGAUCGCAACCCUAAUACAAACACACACACAUAUAUUGUAAAGUGGUUGACCGGAUCGAGUUCUUUAUCAUUAUCCCACAUAUCAUAAUAAUCUAUGUGAAUCCCUUUUUCCUCGUGAAAGCAAAAAUAGUAGCAGUAGUAGUCCUUUUUGCUUCUCUCGUAACGGCUCUCGGUAAUCAAUCUCCGAAACCGGAGUGACGCCCGGAAAGCAUAUGAAAGCAAGUGGAAACGAAAUAAAUGUAAAACAAAACAACAACAACAACAAUCUUCUUACCUGACGGAAGGAAGAGGAAAAUGGUUCAAUUUGGUUUCGCAAGAACAAAUAAUAGAUCGUAAAAAUAUAUUGUACAAAGUAAGCAAUUAGAAAAAAAAAACAGAAGCUAGAUUAGAGAAAGAAAAUCCGCGGAGAUGUAGAGUAACGCAAUUGAGACAACUUGACAAAACACACAUUGUACACGAUUUCAUGACGCAGAUUUCAGCCCCGAAACAGUGCAAACGAUAAUCAAGUCGUCGCAACAACAACAUCGUAAAAUCUAGUAAUGAAAGCCGGCAAAAAUCACGCUGUCAUGAUAGAGUUAAGUUUAAUUAGAUUCCCACGUUUACUGUUGGGUGUGCCAUUCAUUAUCGGUCGAGCUGCAGAAAUUAAAAACAAAAUCUCGACAGUUGAUAAAAAAACCAAAACAGUGCACCAGCAAUCAGCAAGCGCGGAGGUACAUGUUUUACCAAUUAUCGUGAAAUAUGCACAGUUAAUGAAAUAAUGCCCGUGAUGAUGCAGUGCGAUGGAUAAUCUAUUUGUUGCAUAAUAGUGAUGAAUUGAUUCCGUGAGUUCGCAAACAAUACAUGUUUUGUCCGAAUAAGUAAUGUGGGUGAGUUGAUAAAAAUCAACCGUUUAUCGGUCAGACCGAUACAAUCAUUGGAAGUGUUUCAAUAUAGAUUCUUUCCAUAUAGAUAUAUAUCAUAGUUGCGCUAUUCCAGAAUGUAUUUCAAAACAAGUCGCUUCGGGUAUCAUCAGAUUGAUCACUCACGAUAUUUCAUUGUUUCACAAUGAUAUCAUUGACAUUACUUAUAGCGUGGAACAUGUAUAUAAAUUAUGAGUGAUUUAAAUUUGUGAAACACUAGAUAUCAAAAGAAAUGAUAAGAAUGUUUUUUUUCGUCGGCUAAUUUUGUUCGAAUACCAUGGUGGCCAUCCAAUUUCAAUUUUUGAAUUCCCGCAUUUUUUCCGACUUUUUCCCGCAUGAUUUCACGAAAUUCCCGUUUCGUUAGUUAAAAAUUGAUUUUUGAAACCCGAAUUGCAAAUGUUUUUUUUCUUUAUGUUUCCAAGUUCGGCAUGUGACAGAAAAUUGGACGGUGUAUAUCUCAGCAACAGAUUUUUGCUUGGAUAUUGGAUUCAGGAGAUACGGACGGAAUUGUUUCUGGAAUAUAUGUAUCUGGGACCUGAAUCGCUUUCGAACGUAUCAGAUCCACCCCACCUCUACUUACUCCGGAUUCAAAAAGUUUCAUUUAUUAGAAUAACUGAUCAGAACUUCAUUGGUCACAUCCAAACAUAUUCCGAGCAUUUCCCGGAUACCUUCUAUGAUCAGUUCCUGAGUUGACCCUAAAAUCCAUAAGAAAAUUACACAGAAAAUCUAUAUUGUUAAAAAAACGCUGAAUAAAAAUGCUUAGCAGGAAUAGGAGCAUAUGAGACGAGAUGAAACAAAUAACACAAAGUAAGUUAAUGACCCAGAAUCUGACUUCUUUUUCUUUAAAAUGCGUCCAAUUUUUACCCCAGAGCCUUGCUUUAUUUUAAGGACAUGUUUAACCCGUAUGCUGGAUCUACAUUUCAUCUAUCAACUACUAUUUUUUUAAUCAUACGAAUGUUUCUAUUGGAUGCCAAAAGAAAACCAUGAGAGAAAAGAAGUUGAAUUAAACGUAUUAUGUUUAUUGAGCGUUAUUACAAAUCCAGUUCAUUUUUCAACACUUUUUGAGCAUUUAAUUUUCUCUAUCAUCAAGACUGCAUCUCUCUGGGUGUCAACCAACAUCUCCGAGUUUCUGGCCUCGUUCGUGCUAUUCGAAGAAAAUCCUCUUUCUUCAAUGAUGCAUUGCCAUGCGAUAGGUUCAGAACUUUUUUCACAAACAAGGUCAAAAUUGGAAGCUCCUUCUGCAACUGAGCAACAAUUUCCAUCCAAGAGUUAUGCAAUCUUUGAUCUUUUAUUUGAUAUGCAGAUAAUUUAAUUUCAGCAGAAGACGUUGGUCACAAUUGUCGACACUCAUUCUUUAUUUUAUCUGCAUAAAGACCGGGCAAAUGCUGUUUAUCGACGAAUACUUCCAAGCAUAACUUCGUCCGUUUCUUCGCUAUAUCCGGAAUGUUGAAAAUCAUAUCCGGGUUAAUACAAGUUAAGUAACGAGUGCGAUAUGUUAAAGGAGAUUGUAUGGACAAUUUCUUUAAAAAUCCACAGUAGAACUCACGAUAGCUGGUACGAAAUAUUAGGACACCUUCAUCAGAAAUUUUGCGGAAUUCCUUGCUUGUUGAUUGCGGAUUUCGUUGAAAAUCCAAUAUUAAUACUUCCAGGUAGCAGUAGAAUGGUUUCUGUGAGGUGAUUUACAUUUCACUUUCAGUCGUUCGGAUUUCAUAAUUUUCUCCAUAACAGGUCUCACAAGUCCCGUUAGGUCAUCGAAACGGAAAGGUGCCUCUGUCUGACAUUCUCGCAAAAACUAUUUAACUGUCGAUGCUGCCGUAACACAAAAAAUCAAUUUUAGUUCCAACAGCCUAUAUUCCAUAGCAUGUGCGACAAUCUCGUACAUCUUUGACCGGAAAACUAAUGCAAAACUCCGUUUAAAGUUUGGAUGCCUUUCCUUAAGAUUAUUCUUCUCUUGUUUCCUUACCUCGCCGACAGGAUUUUUUGAAAAACAAAGAUUCACACUGCUUAGAAAGUCGUAAUGCGCUAAAACGCAUGCAGUAAUUUAUUAGAGAGCCGAAAAUAAACACUGCGCCAAAAAAAUCCCGACUUCGUGGAACAAUUCCCGACUUUUCCCCGCAUUUUUCCCGAUGUAUUUUGAUUCCCGACUUUUCCCCGCAUUUUUCCCGAUGUAUUUUGAUUCCCGACUUUUUCCCGCAUUUCCCGAAUGGGUGGCCACCCUGGAAUACCCAUACAUCUGGUUUCAUGGUAAUUUGCUACUCAGUCCAUAUUCGAUUACAUGUUUUAGCCAAGAUAGCCAGUUUCGAAUGGUGGCUUAACCCAUGCGUAACCUUGGGUAAAGCGGAGGGGUGCCACGGGUGGUGGAAGAGGACAGAUAUGAGCAACUUUUCAACAGGCGCUGCAAUGCACUAUUUCACGAUUAUAAUGAAUCAGUUUCCAUUAGAUGUUUCUCUACAGGAUAUUGUAUAUUAAAAGUGAUUAGAGCCCUUUCUGCGAGAUUUUAUGUUUCCAUGUCACAGGAUUUUUCGGGUCCCAUUGAAAAUCUGGCUUACAAAAGCUUGUCUGCUAAUAUUCGGGUUCGAACCAUUUGCAUUAUCCAACAAAUUCAAUGUUGAUCCUAUCUUCCUUCAUUCACUAACAUCCAAUGUUGAUAAUAUCUUCGCGAUUCGUAACGCCACAUUUACUUGAAAUUGGCGCAGGUCGGACCCAGGAACUUCCAAAUUCACUUUUUUUGACAAAUCAUCAUUUAUCAAUUAAUUUACAUCAUUUCAUGAUGUACCCUAUCCACGUUGUGUAGUGGGCGCGAUUUCUUUGCCUCGCAUUCGACACCAGACUGGGAGAGUGCACGGUAUGUGAUGUGUUUGGGAAGGCAUUUCGACAGCCGUUUUUGAUAUUCUGUUUCUUUUACGAGUAGAUACUCGCAAUUCAUUUGCAUCGUCAAUAUUGCACGAAUGCAACAGCUCGAAACAUAAUAACAAUUUUCAACUUCGACAAAAAUAAUUUCGAAACAUGAAUCCGCAGCAGGAGAUUUUCAGAUUUUUGAAAGUUGAAACCAUAAGGACAAAGUGAUAAAAAUGUUCGUACAUAAGUAUGUCGGAACUUACUCAAACAGUGUAAGUAGCUUGUGUUGACUAGGAAACUUAUUUCCCUGGAUUUUUGUUACUUUUCGGAAUCUUGCCGUAAGGCCUCUCUUAUGGACUAAGCCCCUAGGCUUAGGCAAAUCUCGACUAGGGCAGCCAGUAACCCUUCAGAAUCCAACGGCUCCAGAAUAGUCCUUCCGAGUGAAGUAAGUCUACUCAGAUAGACGAAACCACAUCGGUUAUCUGCCUGCCUAUUUACUACAUAAAGUUCAUUCCAUGGUUUCCAUCCUUCGCUAUCGUUAUAGGGGCUCAAUUUGGUGAAGAUUUUACGACCUAACUAUUUGUUGAUUGCCAGCAAAGGAAUCUAUAUUUUCUUGUUCUUAUCCUGCACUACGCCAUCCUCGUGGGAUCCUAAAUAAACAUGUUUGUUUUUUGUCCUAUUCUUUCUAUGCCUUUCUAUGCCUAUGUUAUGUGCAAUAAAGGGCGAGACCUAAACAAAACAAUUUUUAUCGCCUCUCGAGUGGCCCAUACAUCACUCUCGCCUAGGAUGUUAUCAAAACAUACUUUCCACGAAAAAGGUUAAAAAAGUUGGGAAACAUCUAGCUAAUUGCCGGCAAUAAAUAUUCACUUAUAUUCCUUCAUCUGAUGCGCUAUUUCUGGCGCGCUUAUCUUGCUAAGGUAUAUAGAACAAUUAAAAAAAAGGAAACGAAACAUGUGGUUUCCUUCUGCUGGCAUUAUUUUGUUUUUCAAAUGCACGUUGCGCUAAAAAUUUGAUAUUUGAUUACUUUAUUUAAUUUUUAGCCCUGCUAUGUAAGCUGGGUCCGUAACAGCUUGUGUCGGUCAGCAUUGAACUCUUGUAAUGGAUUGAUUAUGACAUCCCCGUGACAUCCGGCGUUUCUCAAGGUAGCCAUCUCCGAUCAUUUCUGUUUCUGUUAUAUAUGAACGAUGUUAACAAUAUUCUGGAAUGAAUUCGGCAGACAUCGUGCAUUGAUUCAUCAUAACUAUGUUCUAUCGGGCACUAGCUUGCAACGGGAAUCAACUGUUAAGGAUUUGGGAAUACUCAUUGAUUCUAAGUUCACAUUUAAGAAUCAGGUAUGAAAGAAUCGUGGUAUCAAAAGCUUCCUCUCGUCUCGGAUUCAUAUUUCGCUUCACUAAAACUUUCAAAAAUGUAUAUUGCUUAAAAGCUUUAUAUUGCUCAUUGGUGCUCUUUUGGAAUACUCGGCUGUAGUGUGGUGUCCAUACUACCAAAACGAGACGAAUCGCAUCGAAGCUAUUCAACGGAAGUUUAUUCGUUUCGCUCUGAGGCAUCUUCCGUGAAAUGACACCAACAAUUUACCCAGCUAUGAAGGCCGUUGUAUGCUUAUACAUCGGGAGCUACUGGAGGCGAGACGCAACAUUGCGAUGGCAAGCUUCAUCGGUGAUCUGAUUCAAGGAAACAUCGACUGCGCUUCGCUGUUAAGUUGCCUUCACAUAAACACCCGCUGUCGUAAUUUACGCUCACAGAUUUUCCUGUAUAUUCGUCCCUCACGAACCAAAUACGGACAUAACGAGCCCAUGUGAAGAGUGUGCCGAAUCUUCUUCAAAAAUAAGUGUAGUUAUCGUAGUGUUCUUAAUUAAUGUGUAUAGUGCAAGUAUAUUUUCUGUCAUUGGGGUGGAUAUUUUACCUGUUGACUAAAUAAAUAUAAUAAUAUGUCGAUGAAUACGUUUAGGAUAUAUUAACCACAACAAAAUAAAAACAGAACAUUUGCGAUUGGUCAUGAAUGGGCAAAAUAUUACGCUUGAAGAAUUGGAUAAAGUGCAUGAGAUUGUAAAUAUUUUUUUAUGUUCUCAUAUCGUACCUAAAAAGCACAGUGGAGCUUUAAUUAUUCGCGGAAUUGGAUGCCAGUAUCGUUGAAAAAGUGUUCAGUCCCGAGAAACUGUUCUCUCCAUGGAUUAAGAAGAGGUUGUUGGUUUGGCGGUACACGAUGUUAUAUCUGCAUCGUAAAUGUAAAUUUGGACGGCUACCUAAACUCUUUGAGAUCGCAGCCUUCUUGCAUUGUUUAGAAUGUUUUCUUCGAGAUAACAAUCACUCCCUGAUCCACAGGAUGUAUCAAGGUAGGAAUCAUACUUUGGGAUGAUUUGCCCGUCAGACGAAUAAAGCACACUGGUAACUGAAUGGGGAGGCGCAUUGUCAAUCAACAACAUAGGAAAAAUGAGUCUGUUGUCGGACUUAAGGCCUAACAUCGUUGCCAUUCUUGAAUUGGGUUAUCGAAUCUUUCAUGGUUGAAUUAUUCAACUGGUGGAUUGUCUGCUUUUUUGGAUAUACCGAUUUUGUAAUGGAGACUCAAAUUUAUGAACUCCCAUGUCGUUACUUCAAAGUGAGAUUGUUAUUCUUCCUUUGAUAUUUUUGUAUUUGGCAUUUAUGGCAUUUUUUGUUAAUACAAAGGCUAAAAUACGAGGAGGAACAAAUGCAUUCCCAGACAAUUUUUGAUGAGCACUUGGAAGCUUUAAGAACUUUGAGUGCCGCUUGACUGUCUUUUUUUUUUUAAAGUUGUGAGAAACUCUCUACCAGACUUAUCUGGGAAGGGUUAACCCAGACGUCGAAUGGGGCUCUCACCCACUGAAACCGAACCCCCUGCUCGUAGCCUCAAUCCCUCCGGGACCACAUCUAGGCGAAUACUUUGGGGCGGCUGUGCUCAUGAUCUUCUCCUGUCUGCAACGCUGAAUAACGUUAUUUAUACCCUUUUUAUCUCUAUUUAUUUCAUUCACGUUCCGUUGUUCUCCGCUACGCCCGUCGAGACGUGUAUCGAUUAGCAAUUGUCCCCCAACAUGUCGCGCAACCCGUCACGGCCUUCCUCGUGGGAUUUAUCUUCUCAACGGAGUACCGAUUAUGUAACGUGCACUCCGUUACAGCUACUCUCGUCGGGUAUGCACCUUCUUCCUUGACACUCGCUCUCUCGAAUCGACCCUCGCAGUGUUCAUAUAUCUACAUACUCAUACACUCCAGAACAUUUAUUGAUACCUAUUUUCGAUCCAUCAGUAUAGCACAUAAUUGAACCAUUACUAACCCUGGGACUACCUUCAUCCCAUACCGAUGGUUCGAUUACACUGUAUGGCAUGUCAUAAUUUGUCCUAGUUUCCAUCCAAUCACUGUUCACUUCUGAGGAUGGUUCAACGGGUAGAAGCUUUCGAGCGCUUUUCUAAGCCUCUAGCUGAAUAUUUUGGUUCGAAGGUAACAGAUGAGGGAGAGUCUCCAUGCCUUUCGGGGUGUUUGUUUAACUUUCUGGUAGCUAUAGUCUCCAUAGUCUUUGGCCACCAUACUUAUGAGGCAUAGUCUAUCCUAAGUCGCACAAUGGCAGUGUACACUUCAUAACCAUUCUUGGUUUAAGGCCCCAUGUUUUGCUUAUCAGAGAACAUGCCCACAGGGUUAUAUUGGCCUUACUAAAAUUUGAUUCAUUUUGGGGACGUCGUAGUCUGAGAGUCCCGGGUUUGUCUCAAUUGCUCUCAAUCCACAGUUUCGAUUAAACCACUUUCAGCGAUUUCGCGAUGUUAGUACCAGACCACGCCGGAUUUUGAAUGUGGGUGCCUAAAACCAAUUUUCUUCUCUCAGCUUCUACCAUACAUAACUUUUUCAAAACAAAACGGAUCAACGUGAAAUUUUUACCGACGAAAGAUACAGAUUUUAUAAACAAUUUGCUGUCAGAAGAUUUCAGAUACGCUUACAACGACCGCUGCUAUAAAAUGCACACUGAUUCAGAAUUCUAACUAAAUAAAACCAUAAUCCAAACGAAGAAACGACUUAUUCUAAUUUCACACUAGACUAGUAUAUCCAAGCACUCCACGGAACCUACUCUUAUUGACGAGACAUGUUACUGUUGGGGAAAUUAAAACGGCGGUUGAACGUACGACACAUUGUACUAAUAGGCUCGUUAUAACCAUAAUUAGUACGAAACGUACGAAUUUGAAGGAAGUCAUGGGUUUCCAGAAUACGACAAGAAAUAUUGAUGUUGAAUUCAUUCAGCACAGCAGGACAGUCGUUUUGAGACAGAGGCACAUCUGAGAGCAGCCUUCGCUACGUUUCGUCUAUUUCUAAGAAGCUCUAGAUUGAUUAAUCACCAACGAUCUUUGUAACUGGGAAAGUUGAAAGAAAAGAUCUAAGGCAAUCGUUACAGAGCAAAGCGUACAAACUUACGUUGAAUUGUUUCUAUUUGUUGUAUGUUGUUUUGAUAGUGUGGAGCCCAUACAAGAAUAGCGUAUUCACAAAUAGAUCGAACCAACGAACAAAACAAAACUUUCAAACAGUGGAUGCCAGACAACUCUUCAGUAGCUCGGGAAAUGAGCUCAAGCACUUCGAAGAUUUGGAAGUAAUGCAAGUCUCUAAAAUUGAGGUUUGAAUCUAAAGGCGCGUCCACAUUAUGCCGAAUGAUGCCGAUCGGCCUGUACCAGGCGGCAUGUUCGGUUCGUUAUGUAAUGUGGACGCCACAUCGGGUGCACGAAGCCGAAGUCUCGUCCGAUGCACGAAGUCGUCACGAACACACAAAGCACAAUGUCGUCAACGCUAAUUUACUUCGUUUUGUUUUGGUUCGACUUUCUCGAACCGGUCCCAUUUGUUUCGGGUUGGGUUCGGUUUGAUUGGUUGAGUUCCCGCUGAAGGAACUGCGCGUCUUCUUGGCAAGUUACGUGAUAAAGAUUUAAGCCAUCUGCGUAGGCUAGUUUGGAACAUGUGAGUGUACAGCUGAUGUCAUUCAAAAACAGUCCAAUGUGACUACCCUUUGAAACACCGGAUGUGACGAAGAAAUGGUUCAGAUAUGAUGACACCCACAGAUGUAGAUUCCGGGAAAAGAGUCUUCAUCAGUAAGUCUCAUACUUCUGAGGGAGUUUUUGUGAGCGACCCAAUGUCCUCUUUAAGGGAACCAAGCCGUUCGAGAGGUCUUCUGCCAGAGUUUUAUUGCGGCUUGCAACGAUUGGGGUAAUUUCAAUGCUUUUGUAGCUAUCUACCCAGAAUUUUCGUUUAGAUCGCCUUAGUUCUCUACUGUAUUCGGUUAGGGCUUUCACGUAUUAAAGCGAUUAGAAUCGGUGAAUGUCGAAUUUCAGCGUGUUGUCUUCUUUCCUGAAAAGGCAAUUUUUCAACUACUUCCAUUUCGCAUGUCAAUGUGAUUAAGUUAUACCGGGAGUUAAUUCUUUACCUCAAAGCCAUUAGUGAAGACGUUCGCCGAUAAAUGCAAAAGUUUACUAUAGAUGCUCAACGCAAGGGUUUUCUUAUAUAUCCCGAUAUAUAAUAUAUCGGAAAAAUGUGGUUCACAUAAACUUCGACGAUGAGAAGGUAAGCUUCGAUGUAAUGAUGUGACGCAUGACUUCGUUCUAACUGUCGAUGUAGGUUUUUCAAAGCACCUCACGCCUUACUGCUGGGAAAGAUAAACGGAGAUCUGUAGGUCCGGAUAUUUUUUUCGUGGGAGUUCCGAUGUUCGAGGAAUUAGGCCGCAGUCCAACAAGGUUUUUUUUGAGGUAUUCGGUAAACAGUACAGGAAUAUGAACAUCGGGUUGAGAUUGAAGUUUAGCUUACCUUGCCUUAGCUGUGCUACCUUAUGUUUAAUUCCUCGGUCAUGCCAUUUAGGGGAUCUUUGGGCGUUUUUCAGAAGCAUAAACGAGUUGUUCAGCCUCCGAAAUUAAAGAGGAGGAUGAGCUGCGAAGUUUGAAGCUUCUCCAAUACAAACAAUUUUAAGUUCCGUGGUUAAAAGUUUGAUUUUUCGUAGCGUAUCGAAUCGGCGAGAAAAGCGACAAGAGGCAAUAAACUUUUCUGUUGACAAAUCGUAUAUUCAGAAAAGUUAAACAAAUCGUUAAGGCAAUGCGUUUCCGGGCUUUCCUAAAAACAUUAAAUUUGUGAUUUGUCGAAACUAUACUUGCCGGAGUUGCGAUAACGAAGGACAUUUAGCUCAAGUGCGUUCUUUAAAAUACAAGACGUCUGGGAAGUAUAAACGAGGACCAAAGGUGACUGUUUUGAGGUCCAAUGAACUGGGAUUACCCCUACCUGUUGAAAUGUGAAUUUGCGGGAAUGGGCAUUCAAUCGUUUUCUAAGUAGACACAACGUUCCAGCAAAUGUCCUGUAACGUUUUCCGAUGAAAGCUGCAGAUGACUAGAUUCUUGAAUUUUGUUGUCAUCGAAAACACGCUCUCUGAUAGAACGGAAACAAAUUAUUGUGGGAAACCAUCAAGACAAAAUUUUUUGAUGCGAGUUGUUGAGUUCAUUUCAACAGGAUGUGCAAGAGGAUGAACUUGAGAUAUUUUAUCGAAAGGAUAAAGAAUUCAGUAGUUCUCUUGUGGGGCUAUCGUGUUGUUGUUCCAGUUAAAUUGAGGAUAAUGUCGUCAGCUGAGCUCCACAUAGUUCACUUAGGAAUCGUGAAGAUAAAAAGCUUGGAUUUCAGCCCAAUUCGUUUGUUUUAGGAAUAAGUUUUUGUAUGGAAAUGAUGCGAUGUAAGGGAAGAAAGAUGGUUACUUACAAUGUUUAUUUUUUCACGGUUUCAAUUGUUUUUAAAAACUAUUAUUCCUCUACACAAUUCUUUUAUUCACUUCAAAGCUGUAGCGCAACAUCAAACACGAUAAAUCUAAAGGAUGAGCCGAGCUGCCGGCUUCAAACUUGACCGAAUCUUCAAGCACUGAUUCAAUGAUUUUCUCAAUCAUUUCACUUUAAUCACCCGUAAUUUGCUCGGAAAAUCAUACCAUCUCUAAUAUUGGCGUUCCAUUACAAUGAACUGCAAGCAAUAUUUCACUCACUGAGCAUCCUUCACGAGCCACAGAUCCCGCUCACGGCUUGAUUCACGACUUUUCACGGGAAGAGGCCACCGAACAUAACAAGACCUUCAAACGGCAAAACGAAGUCUACGAGAACAAACACGGUAUACGCAACGCGUGCCCACGCUCAAUCGAACCCGAGAAACACAAGAAUUUACACGAAAAGCAAUAUUUUCCUGGUCAACAAAAAACCGGACUAAAAUAUUAACUAUUUGCGGGCAUCAACAACAACAACAACAACAACAACAACAACAAAUAACGAUUGCAAUGAGGAUGCACGUGUUUAGUCGAUCGCGAUGUAAUCCACAACGCAGCUGGCUCUGGAAAAAAGACACUCUUCCAUCCUCUAUGGACGGCGUGUUUGUGAAGAGAGAGCGUUCACAGAAAUACACUUGGAAGAUAAAUUGGACAAGUGAUUCUAAACACGCAUAUUGGGAGUGGAAUGGCUUAUCGUGAGUGUACUCUAAGUUAUUAACGGGGAAAUCUCAUUAAGAUUAGAUUGAUAUAUUCGUAAUUAUGAAAUUAUGCGAACCGCAGGAGACUAAAUGAUAUAAGAGUUAAAAAAACGGAAAAAGGGAUCAACAACCAAAGAAAUAAUCUUUAUUAUAUAAAAACAAACUGAGAAAAAUGAAGCAAAGUGUAACACACUUGAUUCAACGGAAGACAUGAAAACAUUAACAGUAAAUGAAACAUGAUUAAAUGUAUAAUUUUUAGAAUUAUAUACUAAUAAAACACAUAUACAGCACUGACAACAAAUGAGAAAAAACAGUAAUGUUAACCUAAUUUGGAAUAUACAGAUUGCAUUGCACACUUCAAACUAGUGGAAAGAUAAACAAGCAGUCGAAUAAUGUUAUGUUACAAAGGUGGAUAGAGGAAGUGCUCUGUUUGACAUGAACAUACAGGGUAAGCAAAUGUAUUUUUGUUUCCAUAGGAGCAAAGUGCUAUCAUUUCAGUAGUUAGGAAAGCUAUGUAGGAUUUUUCAACGAUUUUCGUUUUUUGUUUGUUCUAAUCUCAACAAAACGUGUUUCUGUUACUGUCUAGUUUGUAUUGUUUGAGGUUGAAAUUAUUCACGGGAAAGGCAGACGGGAAGAAUGUUUGAUGGACAUCCAACCGAAACAUUUAAAAAAGAAAGGAAAAAAAAACUAAAACAACUGCUGAAGGAAAUACAAUUAAGCGAGUAGACAGAAAGACAUGUGAUGAAUUUUUCUUACAAAAAUAAUUCAUUUCGUUUUUCGCUAGAACGCAUAAAGGGCUGUGAUUUUAGUGGUAGAAAAUUUGUUGUUUAAAGUGAAGUAAAUUUUGUUUAUGACUCGAGAUAUAGCGAAAGAGAAGCUAAAAACAAACGUGGAACAACUAACGCUAACAAAAAAGAGAAAUAUUAAGAAAUUAUUUUUAAAAAAAAGGAAUAAAAGACAAAAACGAGCCCGUCUUCUGGUACUCACUCUCUCGGGAUGGGCCAGGCAGGCAGGGCUUCGUUUAGAACUAAGGUGCUCUUAUGACUUAAAACUAGAUGAAAAAGUGCAAAUAUUAUCUUCACCAGCAAAACACCUAACAAAAACACACAAAACACUUCUACUUCAGAGCAGCGCGUUGAAGUUACAGGAUUCCACAGUCGAAUAUCCAGACCGCCACACUCUCUCUUUCCGGGUACUGUAAAGAUUACUAUAAAUACCAUUGCCGCCGCCGCCAACGCCAAGCCCAGCAAUAACAAUUAUGAACCAUAUUCGGAGUUAAAUGGCAAUCAAAGAGUCAAAAAACAUGGUUUGUUAACACAUACAAUCUAAACCACGUCCCUUUAUGUGUAUUUUCAAAUGCUUUUACAACUUUUUUCAAACUGUUGCUUCUCGAAAUCUAUAAUUUUUUUUUAUGAUUUAAUUUUUUAACUCAGGAAUUUUUUUGUUUGCUUCCUGGAGCAGUCACUUUCGUUUUUGCCUAGCGUUCGAGCAGUAAGUGAACCAUAUUAUCAAAGUAAUGGAGCAAAUAUAGAGUGUGAACACAAGCACACACACAUAUGAGUAAAUGUUUCAAACAAUUUCAAGCAAACAAAAAAAAACAAUAAUUAGAGGUCUUCCCAGUAUCUGACCCUGACAAAGAGAUCCGGUUUGGCAACGCCAAACUCAAGCCAAAUUAUGUUAAAAUAAAAGUAACAGCAUAGUGUUUAUAGUUUUCAAACAUACUUGCAUUCACACAUGUAAUAGCCCCACACCGGACCACAAUGUAUAAUCCGAGCAAAUGUGGGGGAAAGAAACAUUAAUAUCGCCAGACCCCGUUUUUGCCCAUCCCUUCCCAGUGUGAGGUAUCGGUAAGAUUUCGUACUAGAAAACCCCGGUUAUUCUUUAAAUAGAACAGGAAAAAUAACUUUAAAACGUUGCGUAUAAUCUUUCCUCCCGACACGAAUGAAGCAAGUAUACAAAACAAACAAAAAAAGUAUAUAACUAAAAACUGUGUGCCAAAUUUAAGUGAAAUAAUGAAACUAUAAUUAUCUCCUUGAAUGCUUAUUGUUUAGAAAAACGAGAGUAGAUCAAGUAAAAACAACAAAAAGGGAAAAUAUCUAGUUUGUUAAUGUUUAGUGAACUUGAGAUUAAAGUUAGUUCUUUUUUAAACUAAAUAAAGCAAUUAUUAUUAACUAGUAGUAAAAAAACAGAGAGGAGAAAAAACAUACAGAUAAGACAGUUCAUUGUAUGAGAAAACGGAAAUAGUUAUUGCUCAUUUUUACUUAUUUAUAAUCGUAGUAGGUCACAGAAAUUCAUUCACAAACACUCUGUCACACACGUGCAUAUCUAGCCAUUCACCGGUACGUAAACACUCACUCACACACACGCAUAUGAAUAUAAUGUUUUAGAUACGAAAUUGCAUGCAACAAAUUAGUUCAAGUUUAAUGUGGGUACACACAGAAACACAUAUUACAAAAUGACUAAAUUACAAAAGAAAAGGCAUUAGGUAGAUGCAAGCAGAAGAGCAAAAACGUGGUUCAUAGUAAAACACAAUUGAGACUGAUUUGAUUUCGAAAUUAUUAUAAUCUUAUGUUAAGUUUCAAACCUUGUAUUGAUCAAUUUAAAAUUGACACACAAAAAAAAUCAUUCGUGCUAAACGUAAUCUUUCUUGUUUUGUUUGUUCAAGCGACAUAUAUUUUUAACAUUAUUUUACAUGGUAAUCAAACUAAUUUAAGUGUCUUAUUAUGUUAGUAAAACUUUGAUUAUACUAUAUACACACACACAUUUUUAAGCAAUUUACGGAUAGAAAAUAUAAACUUUUAAUUUUUCUAAUCAUAAAUAA